AUCAAGUUUGUAAUAAUUAUUUUGUGAAUCCUCAUAAAAUAUUACCAUUUUAUUUUUCUAAUAAGUUGGUAUAAAAUUCAAUUUUUUUCAAAUAAGAAUUGAUAAACAAUUUUCAACAAUGAAGCAUUGUAUCUGUUACGGAAGCAGUCAUUCAUAGCGUUCAUCGGGAUUCGUCGAUUUGAAUAACCGCGUCUUUCUGUAUUUUGUUAUUGCUCAAAAUGUUUGAUAUUGAAACUUUAAUCUCACAAAUCAAAGCGCAUCCUAUUAUUUAUGAUACUGAGCAUCAAGAUUACUCAAAUAAUGAUUUGAAAGCUCAAUGUUGGUAUGCAAUUGGAAACACUCUUUUCAAUGAUUGGGAAGCUGUCAAUGAUGAUGAAAAAUUCGAAAGAGUUGAAGAUAUGUUAAUGAAGUGGAACGAGAUGAAAAAUGCAUUUGUAAAGGAUUACAAAUUGCAGCUAAUGUCUUCAGAUCAGUCAAAACGCAAGAAGCCAUCAUUAGAAGAAAACGAUAAUUCAUCACCCACAUUUGAACAGAUGAUGUUUCUUUUGCCGUUUAUAAAACAUCCAACCCCCCAACAAGAGAUUGAGUCAUCAGACACUAUUGAAGCCGUUGACACAAUUGAAGAUGUUGCAGUACCGAAUACAUGUGGAACAAAUAAUGUUUUAGUACCGUCACCUAAAGAUGAUUCAAAACAUUCAUUAGAAACUUCCACAAUGACUAAAAAUGUAGUUGAUAGUGAAUUUAUAAAUGGGUCGAAUGUUUUAUCAAUGCCCUCCAAGAAUGCAUUUUCAAUUUGUGAGAAUUUGAAUGAUUCAAAUCCACCAUCCACACCAUCAUUUCGAAAUGCUGUAGAUGUGAAUAAUGAAUCAAGUCUCCUACCUACACUGAAACCUGCUAAGCCAAUAGUAGCUCGUAAAGCAUUAGUAAUUACACGAAAAAACGUGCUAAGUCAUUCAAAACAAUUCUAUAGUAGAAUAAAUAUUGAAAAGAAAAAAGAGGAUUUGAUGAUUUCUACUGAGAAAACUGAUAUAAACAUCCAAAAGGUGACUAAAUCUUUUGAGAUGAAGAAAGAAAAUGAAAACCGCGAUCAGUAUGGUCAUGGCACUUUUCUCAGCUCUUUUGCUCCAAUACUGUACAGUAUGCCACUUCAAGAAGCAAUGCAAGUUCGGAGUAAAAUUUCUGGAAUUAUGUCACAUCAAUUCAAAAAUAAUUAAACUGAUACUAUUGGAGCCAUGCAAAGUUUCUACAAAAAUUAAUGCAGCAUAUUUGAUCCUACUACGGUAUUUCAACGUAUCAAAAGCAAUACUUUUUGUGAUUUUUAGAAGUCAAAAUGGA